GAAGGCAGAGACAACACUGAGCCCAGAGCCAGGGAGAGGUCCCGGGGCUUUGCAAACACAAUGUGCCUCGUUGCACAAUCACAAAGGGAUGGACGGGGAGGAGGCAGGGGGAGGAAAAAAAAACCGGGGGCCCCAAGCAGAACAACAUCCAAGCCCUGCAAAAGCCUCCGAGCUGUUGGCCACCGGGACACCUCGAGCUGCCAGAGAAGUGACGCUGGUUGACACCAUCCGGGCGCCGAGCAGCAGAUGUUACUGGCUGCCACCACCCCGCACACCGUUUUCCCUGGCAGCAGGAGCAGAGCCCUCCCGGCCGGGUCAUCCCCUGCCCCAACCCACAGCCUCCAACCCCACACACAUCCGUGAGCCCCUCUCCAGCCUCCCUGCCCCACUGCAAGCUGCAAUUGCAAUGCUUUCCUGGGACAGUGAGGUGCUGCCAGCUCCAUUAAAUCCCACAGAGGCUCAGAGAGCACGAAACCUCUCCCUGCUUUACCAGGGAUUUACCUCUUUUUGGGCAGCACAGCCCCUUGUGCUCUUUCCCCACUCAAAGGCAGGAUUUCUCUGAAUACCCCAGAGUGAGCAGCUCUCUCCCUGCAGCCCAGGGCCCCGCGCUGUGUCGCGGUGAGCUGUGCUUUCCAGGCAUGCUCUUCCUUCCCCGGCAGCCUCGCGUCCUGGCACCGUCCCCACUGUACAGCUUGUCCCUCGCCACCCCGUCUGCGAACCACCCGCACAUUCCUCCCCCUCGCAGCGAGGCCUGCGGAUCGAUAAGGAUCUUUGUGAGGCUCCCCCAGGGAGGAGGAUGUUUUGGCUGGGAAAUAUCGAUGGGAAGCGAGGAGAAAGCAAGCCCAGAGGGAGCCGGGCACCUGCCAAGCUCGCUAAAUAACUCCAGGCUCCUCGGCAGACCUGGGCGUGCUGCUGGAGCCGGGCACGGAGCAGGAGGCGAUGGGCGGGCAGGGCUCCUCCUUCUCAAUCCUUGCAGGAGGAAAUGCUUCGACAAAAAGCCAAAGCUGGAGCAUGCAGAGAUGGGGACUGGGGGGCUGCAUCAGUGCCCACUGCCCCCCAGCUUUGCAGGACCCCCAGGGGGUCUGCAUCCCCAGCUGGUGAGCUGCAUAGCAGGGAGUGCUGCGAGCUCCCAUGUCCCCAACCACGGUCACCCAGCACACACACACCCCCCCUAUGCCCCCCCGGGAGCCUCGCUGGGGACCCCCCAAUCCCCAGCAGGAUGGGCACAGUCUGCAGAAAUGCCAGCUUGGCAUCUCUCUCCUGCCAGACUGAAGACAAAUUCCUGCUGUCACAGUGGCUCUUUGGUAGGCAAUUUAUUUACCUUGGAUGCCGCAGCCUUAUCGUUCAUGGAAAUGUUUAUCCUAAAUAUUUAAUAGCAGGGCUGCAUAAACGGAGGCUUCCUGGGGAAGAAGCCCAGGCUGCAGCCGGGGCAGGCAUAACGUCCUUUCCCUUGGUACUGCAAAAGUUAAAGAUACUUUCUCACUUCUCCCCAAGAAUCACAUCCUCAGCACCUCAAAAUCAGAGAUUUUUUAAUCUGGCCAGAAGCCUCUUCAUCACUUCCUGAUGAGAAACACAGGAGACCUAACAACAGCCCUUUUAAAAACAACAUCCCCGAUUCCACUAACUCGUUAAACAGAGAGAGCCUGAAAAGUGCCAACACUCCUAUGAGAAAAGACGGGAGGGAGAGAGAGAGAGAGAGAGGGAGGAAAGAAAAAGCAGGUUAUUUAUAACGCCAGGCAGCAUUAGGGUCUCUUCAGUCUCUCCUGCAAACUGUCUGCUGCUAGGAGGUCACUCCCCAAAAAACCUGCCGAGCCCGUGACCUGCAAGCACAAUAUUUGGUCUGGGAUCUAGGGCGGGCACCAGCCUUUGCAAACCGGGCGCCGCACUCACAUGCUGCUUGACACACGGGAGAUCCCGGAGCAGAGCAGCGAGGCUUUGGAAAGGAGGCUCUCAGCUUGGUCCCCCCAGCGCCCGCACCAUGCGCUGGGCCACCGUCGUGCUCAUCGCUGCGCUCUGCGGGGCCUCCCUGGGCCAGUACAACGAGGAGGAGGACCUGGCGUGGUUGCAGUACUACAUGCGGCAGUCCCGAAUGUCCUCCUACAACUACAUGCCCUACUACGAGGAUGAGAACAGCCCGUACGUUUACUCAUACCUCCCGGCUCCCGACACGGAGGCAGAGCCCGGCCCUGAGCCUCAGCAGGCCCCUUCCUGGCAGUGUCCCCAGGAGUGUGACUGUCCCCCCAACUUCUCCUCGGCCAUGUACUGCGACACCCGCAACCUGAGGUACCUGCCCUUCGUGCCCACCCGCAUGAAGUACGUCUACUUCCAGAACAACCAGAUCACCGCCAUCCAGGAGGGGGCCUUCGACAACGCCACGGAGCUCGAGUGGCUGGCGCUGCACAACAACCAGAUCACCAGCGAGAAGAUGGGCAAGAGGGUCUUUGCCAAGCUCAGAAACCUGGAGAGGCUGUACAUGAACAACAACAACCUGACCAAGAUGCCCAGCCCCCUGCCCCGCUCCCUUAGAGAGCUCCAUUUGUCCUACAACCAGAUCUCCAAGGUCCCCUCCAAUGCUCUGGAGGGCCUGGAGAACCUCACAGCCCUGUACCUCAGCCACAACUACAUUUUUGAGAUGGGAGCUUCUCUCAAAGGGCUCAAGUCCUUGAUCCUGGCUGAUCUGAGCUACAACCACCUCAGGAAAGUCCCUGACGGGCUCCCAAUGGCCCUGGAACAGCUCUACCUAGAGUACAACCACAUCAACGCCAUACCCGAUGACUAUUUCAAGGUUUCUCCCAAGCUGCUCUAUGUACGGAUGUCCCACAACAGCCUGACGAACCAAGGUCUCUCCACCAACACAUUCAACAGCAGCAGCAUCCUGGAGCUGGACCUCUCGUACAACAGGCUCCAGAAGAUCCCCCGGGUCAGCACCCACCUGGAGAACCUCUACCUCCAGGGGAACCAAAUCAACGAGUUCUCCAUCAGCAGCUUCUGCACCGUGGUGGAUGUCAUGAACUACUCCCGGCUCCAGGUCCUGCGGCUCGAUGGGAACGAGAUCAAGCGCAACGCGGUGCCCCCCGACGCCCCGCUGUGCCUGCGGCGUGCCACCAUCAUUGAGAUCUAGCCUGGUCCCCCCCCCCCAUGGUCCUCAGGACUUCGCUCCCCCGUCCCUGGGGAGACACUCACUCCCAUUUUAAUGCAGCUUGACGGUUUGACUUGGCUUCUGCAAUAGUGCAAUAAGGGUGCUCCAACGCCGGCCCACGUGGGUGGGCAGGAUCCGUUCAGCCCCAAAAGUCCCCCCCCUUCCCGGCUCUCUGGCCACGCAGGGUGGGACAGGUCCCAGCACAAAUCCCACCGUGGCCAUGCCCCAGCCCCUGUGGGAGGGAAGGAGGAGAGAUCAUCCCAUCUCCAAAACCCAGCUCCAUUUGGGGGGUUCAGGUGUGGGUCCUGCAGAACCAGCACAGUUAACGGGGCUCACCUUGGGCCAGGCUUUGGUGGUCCUUGGGAGCUGCACGGGUAAAGGGUUAAAGGUGCUCUGGCUGCCAGCAUCCCUCUCUCUAGGAUGGGGAAGAGUAAAUCCACUCUUUCCUCUCAUUUUUUCCCUCCUUUCCCCCAGCCAUAAAGCUCAUGGGAGAGAAACUUUUCCUGCUGCUGCCGAGCAGCCAUCAGCUGCUGAGCUUAGAGAGAAACCCUCCCAACCCCUGGUUUGGGCCAGGACCAGGGGCGAGGGAUGGGCACCUCACAGCACCAGCGCCCUGCAGAGCUCGGGGUUGUGCCAGAAGCCAGCCCCUCACCCCCAAUGCCCCCUCCCCGGGGAACAGACACUGAGUGCUGCAGCCAGAGGCACCCGGGAUCACGUUCAGCUGUGGCACGAGGGCAGCUGGGGCUUAUAUGGGGUCUGCAUGGGGCACACAGAUCUGCCAAAACCAGACCACUCUGCUGUGGAUGCCCCUGAUUACCAGGAGCAGAGCUUGGUGUAACACAGGCCCAACGCAGGUGAGGUGCAAGGGCCAGGCAGGAUCCACCUGGGUUUAACAAGGGAGGGAUUUUGCUGCUCCUAAAAUCCUGGGAUCUGACCCCUAAAGCUCAUCCGUGCCUGCAGGGUCCAUCCUGGCAUGAAUCAACGCAGUGUGCCCGGCUCUACCCUGCCCACCAGCAUGGCUCAGAGCUCUCCCCCGCCCCGCUAAUUGGGGUCUCUCAUUGAAAACGAUCUAGCAGCACCAUGCGCAUCGAUCAGCAGCACAUCCCCAUUCACCAAGAGCCAAAACACCCCCUUGGUUCUUUGGACGGCUUAGUUUGAGAACCAAAGGGGCAGCUGAGCUUUGGAGAUGACCUGCAAAGCUGAAGAGGUCAUCUCGACCCUCUGCAUUUAAACUGCAUGCUAACACUAUAGAAACAAAAACCCAAAAAAAACCUGUACUAUCACCGACGCAUGAACUGUAGAUAUCAUACCGACCAAUAAAGCCCUUUCUGUAACUGCA